AUGGAUUGUCUUCCUCGGGAGCUUGUCCCUGAGAUACUAUCAAGGCUUCCAAUCCCAAGCUUGGUGCAAUCCAAAUCUGUGUGUCGAGCCUGGCGUAUACUCAUACAAGAUCAAGAGUUUGUCGACAAGCAUUUCAAGCGGAUGAUUGACAAUGAUCCAAGCUUCAUUUUACAAAUCAUCGGUAAUGCCAUCCAAAACCAGCUUUAUUUUGGAGAUUUCUCCAGCCAUCCAAACGGUGGAAACGUUAUGAUAACAAAGAAGCUUACUAUACCACCAUUGUCAAACUUCCAUUUGGUGAGUUCAUGUAAUGGAUUGCUAUGCUUGCGUUUCACUCGCCCAAGCUUCGGGCUCUGUAUUUAUAAUCCUUUUACUAGGGAUUACAUUGAGUUGCCAAAGAUUAUAACAAAGAACCCUGCUAGUCAUCAUGGGAGCGUGUUGGGAUUUGGUUUGGAUCCUACUACGAAGAAAUAUAAGGUUGUUGAGGUAUCCUAUAAAGGAAUAACUUGUAGAACCCUGCCUAGGCGUGUUGCUAUAUCUAGCAUGCGUCGACCUCCUCUGACUGCCGCAUAUGCUUCUUCAAUUGAAUCCGAGGUUUAUAUUUUGACUGUUGGUAGCCCCACAUGGAGAAAUUUGGGAAGAUUUCCCUUCCAUCUUAUGUGGCAAAAAUCUCAGGUUUUAGUUCACGAUAAACUUCAUUGGAUUUAUUAUCCCGACACAAUCAAUGCUACUGAUCUUAUCAUGUCUUUUGACUUGGCUAAUGAACAAUUCAAUGAGGUCCCUAGGCCUGAUUUCGUCAGUUCGGACAUGCGAUUUCAUGAACUCGUUGUUCUACGAGGUUGCCUGUCGGCAGUUUCUUCCGAUAAUGAAGGAUUGGAGAUUUGGGUUAUGAAGGAGUAUGAUGUGAGAGAGUCUUGGGUCAAAGAAUUUAGCAUUGGAACUUACGUACCAAGAAUAUUGCAGCCAAACGAUCAGUGUGAAUCAUGGAAUAACUCGAGGUUUUAUUUGCCUAAAAGAAGCAUUCGAGUCCUAUGCCAGUUGAGGAGUGGAGGGAUCUUAUUGGAGUAUAGAAAUAAAGCACUUGUUAUCUAUGAUCCUCAUUGCAGGAUAUUUCAUGAUCUUCAAGUUACAUUUGCUGGGAUUUCAACGUAUUUUAGAAUAGUCGUUCAUGUUGCAAGCCUCAAUUGGAUCGAGACUACCUAA